CAUUUCCCUUCACGCACUUCGGCUACCGCGCAAGCGCAGAUCGGUUUAUUUAGUAUACAGACAUCCGGAAGCUCCACUCCGAAACUGACCGAACGGGAUAGUACUCGGUGUGAUGGAGAGGUGAUGUGCCAAUCAGAGGAGUGAUAAGGCCAGGGCAGCCAUGACUGAGUGCUUCCUGCCCCCCAGCAGCAGCCCUGCAGAGCAGCGCCGGGCGGAGCACCCGGGGGGUGUGGCCCGCACCCCCAGCUCUGAGGAGAUCAGCCCCACCAAGUUCCCCGGCUUGUACCGCACCGGGGAACCGUCGCCACCUCACGACGGCCACCACCAUGAGGCACCGGACGCCUACGUCUCAGACGAUGACAAAGAACACAGCAAGAAGAAGAACAAGUUCAAGAAGAAGGAGAAACGUACGGAAGGUUACGCUGCCUUCCAGGAGGACAGUUCAGCGGACGAAGCAGAGAGCCCAUCCAAGAUGAAGCGCUCCAAGGGAAUCCAUGUGUUCAAGAAGCCCAGCUUCUCCAAGAAGAAGGAAAAGGACUUCAAGGUGAAGGAGAAGGGCCCCAAAGAGGAAAAGGCCAAGGAUAAGAAAUCUAAAGACCUGACGGCUGCAGACGUGGUUAAACAGUGGAAGGAGAAGAAGAAGAAGAACAAGAAACCAACAACAGAGGCAGAGCCAGUCCCAGUGGAGAUCCCCACCUUCAGGCCCAUCUUUGGAGCACCUCUGGCUGAAGCUGUGAAGAGGACAGCUCUGUAUGACGGUAUCCAGCUGCCAGCCGUCUUCAGAGAAUGUGUGGACUACAUUGAAAGUUAUGGCAUGAAGUGUGAAGGCAUCUAUCGGGUCUCAGGUAUGAAGUCCAAGGUGGAUGAAUUGAAAGCAGCAUAUGACCGUGAGGAGUGUCCCUGCCUGGAGGAGUACGACCCCCAUACGGUUGCCAGCCUGCUGAAGCAGUACCUACGCGAGCUGCCUGAGAACCUGCUGGGCCGAGAUCUGGCCCAGCGCUUCGAGGACGCCUGCGGGCGCCAGGUGGAGGCCGAGAAGGUGACGGAGUUCCAGAGGCUGCUGGCUGAGGUGCCGGCGGAGAGCCGACUUAUUCUCUCCUGGGUCGUCACGCACAUGGACCACGUCAUCGUCAGGGAGGCGGACACCAAGAUGAAUAUUCAGAAUAUCUCCAUCGUCCUCAACCCAACCAUACAGAUUGGGAACCGUGUUCUUUACAUGUUCUUCACACAUGUGAGGGAGCUGUUUGGAGACGUAGUCCUGAAGCCCGUGGUGCGGCCACUCCGCUGGUCCAACAUGGCGACGAUGCCGGCGCUGCCCGAGACUCAGGAGAGCAUCAAAGAGGAGAUCCGACGACAGGAGUUCCUGCUGAACUGCCUGCACAGGGACCUGCAGGCAGGGGUGAAGGACUUAUCUAAAGAGGAGAGGCUCUGGGAGGUUCAGAGAAUCCUGACCGCUCUAAAACGCAAACUGCGGGAAGCCAAACGUCAGGAGUGUGAGAGUAAGAUAGCCCAGGAGAUAGCAAGCCUCUCAAAGGAAGAUGUUUCAAAAGAGGAAAUGACUGAGAAUGAAGAGGAAGUCAUCAACCUCCUCUUAGCGCAGGAAAAUGAGAUCCUAACAGAGCAGGAGGAGCUGAUCUCUCUUGAGCAGGUGCUCCGCAGACAGAUUGCUACUGAGAAGGAAGAAAUUGAGAGACUGCGAGCGGAGAUUGCAGACAUACAGAGUCGGCAGCAGGGUCGCAGUGAGACAGAGGAGUAUUCAUCAGAUAGUGAAAGUGAGAGUGAAGAUGAGGAAGAGCUGCAGAUGAUUCUUGAAGACCUGCAGAAACAAAACGAGGAACUGGAGAACAAAAACACCCACCUGAACCAGGCCAUCCACGAGGAGCAGGAAGCCAUCCUGGAGCUCCGCGUCCAGCUCCGCCUCCUGCAGAGCCACAAACUGCAGCAGGAAAUGACCGUCCAGCCGCCGCCCGAGCAGGCCCCGCCCCCACAACCUAGCCCGGAGCCCCGCAGCGAGGAGCAACCCAAACGCUUGGUUGCCACAGUGGCCGCUUGUGCAGACACUGCUGCCGCGGCCAAUGGGAAGGCAGCUAAGGAUCCUUCGAAGCCCUCACCGAACAAAGACAGGAGAGACACCAACAUGUGAGAUGUCAUCUCAGUGAUGUAUUUGGUGGCUCUGUGCUGCUGUACGUCUCCACCGCUGGUCAGUUGUCCCGUAGUGUCGCUCGUUAUCCACUGGAGAUUUCACUUUGCUGGAUCCAUGGGUUCAUUAGUAGUUGUGUCCGUCAAUAGGCAGCCACGGACAAAUCUGUUUUUGCGUUCUGACUCUUUUAGCAGAAAUCAAACGCGUUGAUUCCCAUUUUUCCCACACAAACCACAAAAAAAAAACUAGAAAUAGAGUUGUAGCGGACAACUGGGUGCUGCUGUGAGAGACUAGGUGGACCUUUAAUCAAAAUCCACGGUGCCAUGCCUGUAUGAAGGAAGGAGGAGGUGGGGGGAUGAAUAGAUUUAUAAAGAAAGUAAGGGGAUGGAGGAGAAAGUAGGCGCGUUGCCAGUCUAUGUCAUAAAGUUUAUUUUUUGCUGGUAAGGGCUCAAGAAAUGAGCACUGACCAGAUAUAAUCUCAGUCCCUGUAUCUCACUAUGUCCCUUACCUAGAUGCAAAUUUGACAUGUUAGGAUAGAGACCACUGUGCCAUAACUGAAGGUGCCAGACUGGAUACGUUUCCCCAGAGAACCACUAAUACAAAAGCUCUUUGAAUAAUGAAGAAUUUAUGAUUGGUCUAUCUAUAUAUUAUAUAUUUAAGUCGGCUAUUCGAGAGAUACAUUGAUUUUAAAUUUCAGCUUUUUAUUAAUAUAUGAAUAUAUGUAUAAAUAUAUUGUAGAUGCUUUCUUUUCUUUGAACAGCAGAUGCACAUAAAAAGAUAGUGGGCGUUGUACCUCGCGACUGACCAGUGGAUGAAAACAUGAACGGACAACAAAUACACAACAAAAGUAUAUUCAUCACUGCGAAAUGUAGAUAAAUAAAAAUGAAGCUGGAGGCAGCGUUGUUACAGUCGCUCUGUGAAACCACACGUUGCUCUGUAGUGCAAUCAUCUUCUCUGUUAUCUCACUAUCGCACAAACAACAGAAAUGUGGGGGAAGAAGAAACAUUUCUCCAUUUUAAUGAUGGAAUAACAAAAUGUAGGGUAAGUAACAACUAGAAGUAACAACUGUAGUGAUGAUUAUCGUCGCCGAACAUGUGUGCGGAGACACGCAGGAGGCUUGUUUUUUUUGUUUUGUUGUGUAUUUGUGUAUCUUAACUCUCGAUGUGUGGAGUUAAUGUUCAUGGCAUCAGUUGGAAGUGAGUAAAAAACAAACACAAGAUUACAAAUCAAUCAUUUCAUUUCACAAUUGAUUCAUGACUUUUGCAAAGUACUGUCAUUGUUCAGUGAUAUUUAAAGCAAGGGCAUGGCCUGGCUUACUUACCAUUUGUGUAUAUUAUUGUAAAAUUGCAAACAUACUGUAUUUUCAGCCCCUAUGUGUUAUCAUGUUUCUUUUUUUAUUAUUAUUAUUAUUAAUGACCUGUAUGGAGUAUGCUAGUGUGACUGCCCCUGCUUUUGGUCACGGGGCAAAUCAAAGCAAUCUCAUCUGGACUCAUGAUUCAACCUGUUUAUUAAUCCUGUGACUGAAACAGAUAAAAUGCUAGAUUGGACUCAGAAGCUUCUCAUAAGGUUAUUUUCAUAUUGUUACAAGCUUUUGUAGCUUAUUGUUGCAGACAGAAUAAUGCUGUGAAGAAAUAAAGUGUCGAAUCAAAAUAA